AUUAUGUUAGAAUGGAUCCAAGACAUGACAGCUCGGUUUGCCUGGAAAAAAACUCAACUAGGCGUCUGUUUUACAUGAAAGGGAUGGACACUUCUUGUUACGUAAUGGUUGUAGGCUGGGCUCUAAGCCAGCGACGUUUAUUAUUGGCCUAUCCUAUCGGAGAGAGGGGAGGUAGGGCCGGAGGAGGUUCCUGGAACCUCUGGUAUAUACUCACACUUCAAUAUGUACGCAGAUAGUUCACUGGUAAUAAGCAAAAUACCAACGACUCUGUCCACUGACAUCAAGAGCGGGCAGAGAAUGAAAUAUCGCCUAGAGUUUUAAUUUGGUUAUAAACCAGUGCUGCAGCCCUGGUUGUGUUUGCUUCAUUUGGGGCAACAAAGAGAAGACGCCAAUGAGGAUCGUCGACAGUCCCCCUUGUUUUUGCUCCUUGAUGCCAGCGCAAACAGCUUGGGACGCCUGAAGCCACAGACAGGUGGAGAAAGCUCAGAGGGUUGGACAACGGGCAGCCGCUGUGGAGGUUGUUAACCCAUUUAAAGUUGUAAUAAGUCCAUUUGAAGAGGCAACUAUGACUGCGUCUUACAGCAACAGAGACCUGGUGGUGUAUUAUAUACAGUACAAAUUGUCCCAGAGGAACUAUCCCAUUAGCUGCAUCGGUCUCACAGACGGCACGGGUCGGACUGAGGGGGGGCAGAUGGAUGGGGAGAGCGAGCCAGGGAUGGAGGCGGCAGCGGUUACCACGACAACAACGACCCCUCUGCCCAACGGCUCUGCCAACGGAACGAGCGCACAGGGGGGCACGCCCACACCCCCACGGUCACCGACAGCCUCCUCGGCCAGUCCGGACGCCGUCAAAGAGGCUCUGAGGGACUCGGCAAACGAGUUCGAGCUGCGCUACUCGCGGGCGUUCAGCGACCUCUCCUCGCAACUGCAUAUCACGCCAGCCACCGCCUACCAGAGCUUCGAGAGCGUCAUGGACGAGGUGUUCCGGGACGGCGUCAACUGGGGCCGCGUAGUGGGCCUGUUUGCCUUCGGUGGAGCGCUGUGCGUGGAAUGCGUGGAGAAGGAGAUGAGCUCUCUGGUGGGACGCAUCGCCGACUGGAUGACCGUCUACCUGGACGAGCACAUCCAGCCCUGGAUCCAGAGCCAAGGCGGAUGGAAUCGCUUUGCGGAGAUCUUCGGGAACGAUUCAGCCGCACAGGACAGGAAGUCGCAGGAGAACUUCAAAAAGUGGCUGCUGGCUGGCGUAACCCUGGUGACCGGGGUUGUGGUCGGGUCACUAAUUGCCCAGAAACGGCUGUGAGCGCGAGCAGCAAGGGACAGUCGACUCGACCCUAAACAUGAAGGAACGACACGCUUAAAUAUAUAUUAACAUUAUUAUUUUUCUUUCCCUUUGCCAAGAACCUCCAUGUUUACAUCCGCUCCUCCCACCACCAUCACAUUCUGCCCAAAACACACUGGCUAACCAGGCUAUCGAUACCAUCAUGUUCCAUGCCACUCACUGGAACAGGGACACUGUCUGUUUUUGAGUGACCAGAGAAGGACCUUGUGAGUGGCAUAGCUUAAGACGGAAGACUGUCCUGACCUUUACAUCGUAAUACACGCACACACAUGUACACAAACACACAGGAAAAAAAAGUCUUUAGAAGAGAGGAAUGGGGCGCCAAAAAAGUGGACCAAACAUUCACUGUUUUUUUUUCCUUGUUCUGUUUUCGUUGCUGUUGUUGAUGUUGUUUCUUAACUAGUUAUUUUCAGUGCAUAUGCAUAUGCACGUGCAUAUUUUAUCGUUUUCAAACAAUGGACAAAUAAAAUGGAUGCUUGUGUUGUUUGUGAAGGCUAAAUACUUAAAAUUCCCAAACUGGAGUGCAGUUGAGACAGACCCUUUGUAUAUUAUUUUUUUCUAUUGCCGUGGAACUUCAAAUGUCUUUGAAACCAUUUUAAUGCCUGUUUUUGUUUGGGGACAUCAUCUCUGCUCGUUCCCAAAAGCUGCUGCACCACGGCCUCAGAAACAGCCAGGCAACCAAGCACUGACGGAAGACUCUAGUAAAAAGAGAUGUUUUUGUUCUAACUCUUGUAAGGUUUGCAUGUUUUUUUUGUUUGUUUGUUUUGUUUUUUUCCUGUCUUUUGUUUAGUUUUUUUUUUUUUCUUCAGAUUUCAGAGUGGGUGAAAUUUUGUGGAGGGAAACUUGUGUGUUUGGGGGCAGGGGUGUCUUAAAUUGUCAGCACACCAGUCAAAGAAAUUAUGUUCGAUAGGUGCAAGUAAGUUAAGUUGUCGUAUGCAUGGUUCUUUUAAACCCCUGAUUUAUAAUUAAAAAAAAAUAUGUCCACUAUAUCUUUUUGCCUGUGAUACCACAGAUAGAUUCCUCUCCUUAUUAACCUGAAGACCCACGGCACAAGAAACCGCAGAUAUCCACCCACUAACAACUAUGUCUAUGAUCUAAACAAAGCAGAAGGAGGAAUGCUAUGUCUACUGUGGAUUUAUUGAUAUUGGUAUCAACACAUAUGGACUAUCAUUUUGACUAGAGGCUGACAGUAACUACUGUGUUUCCUGGUCCCAUCUUCAAACAGUAAUGUUUCUGUUCUUCAAUGAUGAAUGGAUAGUUUUGCUAAGCACCAAACUGCACUGGUAACAGAAAGUGAGAGAAGGUUGUGAAAAAGAGUAUGCCUGAUCUGUACUCUUAAAACACAUGUGUGGAAAACUAUUUUAAAACCUCUCUGUUUCCAGAUAGGGACAACACAUUCAUUUAAAGAGUCUGGGUAUGACUACAUUGAAAGCGAGGAAGUCUAGACAUUGAGGAAGCCUGAAAGUCUUCAUUUUAACACAGCUGUAGGAGCAAUAGGUUGAUUCGAAAAACAAAGUUCCUAAUAGGGACAAAAAAACAACAACAGUGUGGUAAAUGUAUAGACUACCAAUGUCUUAUGUAGAAAAAAGAAAAAAGAUAACUGAUCCGCACAGCAGUAACCCCAGAUACAACUGAAUGACUCCUUGUAGUAGGCAUUAGGAAAUAGCUGCUCUUCCAGGGCAGUUCAUUUACUACCGUGUCUCUGCCACCUCUGUCCAUUGACAACCGACAACACAUUAAUUCUUUAACGCCUUUCUGCCACAACAGCUAAUAGCACAUGUCAAUCACAGCGAGCCCACCUGCUGCUUUGCGCAUAACUAAUGUCAAAUGGGCCAAGACGAGAAUGCGAUUUCUUGACUCCUUGGAUAUGUUUAAUUUAAAUGCAGACAUGUUUGUCAUUUCCUAUUAACGCUGUUUGGAAAGAAAGCUAAGUGAAGAGAAAUUAUAUGAGACAGGUAUGGCGGCAGGAAGUAUCAGAACAGGUGAAUCUCCCCCCCCCCCACACCUGUCUGCCUCAAGAGAUUCCGAAUCCUUUGGGAAGACAGGGUCCUUUCAUCUGUCACUCAAAUGCCAUUGAGUCUGAAAGCCCUGUCCUAUGAGACCUGACCUAAAAACCUGGCGAGGAUAUGAGAGUUCACUGAGACUCCAUGAGUCUUGAUCGGUUUUUUGACAGUUGGAGUAUAGGCCUAAAUGUUUCUGAACAGCACUUGGUGCUGUGUGUGGAGACAUUCCUGCUGACACCACAGGAUGUCAUCUUUUUUGUCUUCGAUUCGUUUUUCUUUUUUCUCCACCUCUUUGAUUUGGUUUGAUUUGCAGAGGUGGCCUCAUGUCAUGUUUUUAUGUUAUAUUUGGGUUUUCCUCAGUUUCAGGUGAAUUUACAAUGACAACACCCCUCACCCCCAAAGUAUUUGACAUUGCUGCUCUGUAUUCAUUAACAGAUUCUGCAGAAAACAUUCCGUGUGAAAUGUAAGAGCUGCUUGCAUGCUUUAGACAUGUUUCUCACAAUAUAGACUGCCAAGAAACAGUUUCCCUUCACUUGUUAGUGUGAGUGCAUAAUAUGUUUGGAUACUUGAUGGAGAGUUGCAGCAAGUUUGUCUUUGAAUUUCCUCUGGCAAGCAUUGGCACGACACUAUGUAAAGUAGCUAACUUAAAUUACCUUUAGAGUAGCAAAAUUAGAUUAGCUAAAUAUUUAAACAUCUGAUUAUUUCCAAAUGUUAUAUUUCGUGUAAACAGAUAGUGUUCCUUGCUAUUGCCUUAAACUCCAUCAUUUAUUUUGUUGACGUGUAUAUUUAAGUCAUUGUGUUUUAGGAAAAUGCAACAAAAAAAAUAGGACGUUUAAAAAAAGAGAAAAUAUUUUUUUAAAGUUUUGAUUUAUUUUUUUCCCAUCCAUAGUUUAAUUUAAGCAAACCUGAGCAAAAACAAUAACUUAAAUGGGUUGUUUGAUGUUCUAGAAACUUAUUUAAUGUCUGAAAUGAAUAAAAACCCAUAACCACA